GAGCAGCAUGGCCGCCAGCCACAGCUUCGCCUUUGUGGUCUGCGUUUUAGAAAUCGGUGCCCUGACGGCAGGACCCACUCCCAGCUAUGUCCACGAGCCGAUACAAAGGAGUGACCCUCUGCAGCCCAUAGACUGCAGGAUGAGCCCAUGGAGUGAAUGGUCGCACUGUGAUCCUUGUCUCAGGCAAAUGUUUCGUUCAAGGAGCAUCGAAGUCUUUGGACAAUUUCAUGGGAAAAGUUGUGUGGAUGCUCUGGGCGACAGGCGAGCGUGUAUACCUACGGAGGCAUGCGAAGACGCUGAGGAGGACUGUGAAAAAGACGAAUUUCACUGUGGGACAGGCAGGUGCAUAAAGAGGCGACUGCUGUGUAAUGGGGACAAUGACUGCGGAGACUUUUCAGAUGAGGAUGACUGCGAAACGGAGCCCCGUCUUACCUGUCGCAACCGCGAGGUCCAAGAGUCGGAGCUGGCACGGACAGCGGGCUAUGGGAUCAACAUUUUAGGGAUGGAUCCCCUAACCACACCUUUUGACAACGAGUACUACCACGGACUCUGUGACCGUGUUUGGGAUGGGAACACUUUGACACACUAUCGAAAACCCUGGAAUGUGGCUGUUUUGGCCUAUGAAACAAAAAUUGAUAAAAAUUUCAGAACUGAAUACUAUGAAGAACAGAUGCAGGCAUUCAAAAGUAUCAUUGAAGAAGAGACAUCAAAUUUUAAUGCAAAUUUAGCUCUAAAAUUUACACCCACUGAAGCAAAAGCAAAUAAGACUGAAGAAGCUUCUCCAAAAGACAAGUCUUUGGAUGAUAAUGAUAAAGGUUUCUCGAGUAAAUUUCGAUUUUUGUAUUCCAAAAAUGAAACUUACCAACUAUUCUUGUCAUAUUCUUCACAGAAGGAAAAAAUGUUUCUGCUUGUGAAAGGAGUAAUUCAACUGGGAAGAUUUCUGAUGAAAAAUCGGGGUGUUAUGCUGACAAAUACCUUCUUGGAUGAUAUAAAAUCUCUGCCAACUACCUAUGAAAAAGGAGAAUAUUUUGCAUUUUUGGAAACCUAUGGAACCCACUAUAGUAGCUCUGGGUCUCUGGGAGGACGCUAUGAGCUAAUUUAUGUUUUGGAUAAAGCUUCCAUGAAGGAGAAAGGGAUUGAGCUGAAUGACAUAAAGAAAUGCCUUGGGUUUGAUUUAGAUUUAUCUCUGAAUAUCCCUGGAAAAUCUGCUGGGCUUUCGCUCACAGGACAAGCAAAUAAAAACAAUUGCUUAAAGAGUGGUCAUGGUAAUGCUGUAAACAUCACCAGGGCUAACCUCAUAGAUGAUGUGAUUUCACUCAUAAGAGGAGGAACCCAAAAAUUUGCGUUUGAAUUGAAAGAAAAGCUUCUCACCAAAGCCAAGAUGGUUGACGUGACGGACUUUAUCAAUUGGGCCUCUUCCUUAAGUGAUGCUCCAGUGCUCAUCAAUCAAAAACUGUCCCCUAUAUAUAAUCUGAUUCCUGUGAAAAUAAAAGAUGCGCACCAAAAGAGACAGAAUCUGGAGAGAGGAAUUGAAGAUUACAUCAAUGAAUUCAGCACGAAAAAGUGCUCCCCCUGCCAAAACGGAGGCACUGCACUUCUGAUGGAUGGCCAGUGUUUGUGUACCUGCCCGUUUAUGUUCAAGGGGAUUGCCUGUGAAAUCUCCAAACGAAAACUGGCUUAAGGAUUGCCAGCCCCCACCCCCACCCCCCAAAAUGCAACUGUUGAGUUCCCUGAGCUCAAAUGGAAGAAAAACAACACCAGGACCUUCCAAUGUAAGAUCCUGCCCUGCCUGGAGAUAGUCCUUGCUGGCACAUGAAAAGCAACAUGCUUCAUGAAAACCCUACCAACCUCUGAAGCCUCCUCUCUCUCUGGUCUGCGAUGCCUGUUUUUCCCCAUAAACCCCUGUAAUGUUUCCAUUUUUAUUUAAUGAAGAGACAGCCAUGAGCUGUGCCAGAAGUGUUUUCUCCCACAGCCAAUGCCAGCCUCUUGCUAAUAAAACAAAAUAAAAUUCA